AUGGGUUUCCAACUUAAUAGACGGUUAUUAAAAGAAUGGAAGAGUCUUUGUAGUGAUAGAAAUGGGUUUAGGUUGAAUGAUAAUUAUUGGGUUUAUUUGAAGCCACAAGAUUCGAAUACUUUUAUUUGGCAUAUCAUCUUGUAUAAUUUGCAUAGUGGGGUUGAAUUAUAUUUUCUAUUGUAUAUUAAAAAUGAUAGUAAGCUAUCUGAUUUAAUUUUGAUUUUAAAAUGUUUAACGCCGUCAAAUUAUUUACCUUUAUUUAGAAAUAUUUCUAUUUCUCACUAUAGCGAGUGUUUGAUGCAAUAUGGUUUGUUUGGUUUACUCUCCAAGAUAGUUAGUUCUUUCCCUUCUGAAUUUUCAAAUAGUAUAGAUUCCUAUUCAACAAUAGAUUCCAGACUAAUGCAUCUUUGGAAUAGAAUCAUUUUGAAAAGUUUUAAAGUUUUAUUUCCUGAGCUAUUAGGUAACUUAAAUCCAGGAGAUUAUACAAUUGUCAAGGAUUAUUAUCAUUCUUUAAAUUUGAAAAAUAUAAACUUAAAUUUAAAUCAGCAUAAUCAUACUAAUAAUUAUAAUUCAAUAAUCCACAAUAAAAAUGACAUUUUAGCCUGUGACAACUCACCAAAUAGUUCCAAAAGGUCAUGGGGUUUUAUAGAUAAUCAUGAUAUCAAUAGCAAUAAUAAUGAAAACAACAAUAAUAACAAUAAUGAAAAUAAUAACAAUAAUGAAAAUUAUCCACUGCAUAAGAAACUCAAACGCUAA